GGAAGAAAGAAAGAAAGAAAGAAAAAGAGGAGAGAGAGAAGAGAGAAGAGAGAAGAGAGAGAGAUCUAUUCAUUUGUAGGUUUAAUUGAGUGGGUUUAGAGAGAGAGAGAGAGAGGAGAGAGAGAGAGAGAUGGGAAGAGGGAGAGUUGAGCUGAAGAGAAUAGAGAACAAGAUCAACAGGCAAGUGACUUUUGCGAAACGAAGGAAUGGACUUUUGAAGAAAGCAUAUGAGCUUUCCGUUCUUUGUGACGCCGAGGUUGCUUUGAUUAUCUUCUCCAAUAGAGGAAAGCUGUACGAGUUUUGCAGUAGCUCUAGCAGCAUGCUCAAAACCCUGGAAAGGUAUCAGAAAUGCAACUAUGGAGCUCCUGAGACGAACGUAUCUGCAAGAGAAGCACUGGAACUGAGCAGUCAGCAGGAAUACUUGAAGCUGAAGGCGCGCUACGAAGCGCUGCAACGGUCACAAAGGAAUCUUCUUGGCGAGGAUCUCGGCCCUUUGAACAGCAAGGAUCUUGAAUCGCUUGAGAGACAACUCGAUAUGUCCCUCAAGCAGAUUAGAUCAACACGGACCCAAGCAAUGCUGGACACUCUCACCGAUCUUCAAAGAAAGGAGCACGCCCUUAAUGAAGCUAACAAGAGCUUGAAGCAACGGCUGAUGGAAGGAAGCCAAAUAAGUCUGCAGUGGAACCCAAAUGGGCAAGAUCAUGUUCAUGUUGGCUAUGGAAGACAACCCACAGCCCAACCCCACCCUGCAGAUGGAUUCUUCCACCCACUCGAAUGUGAACCCACUUUGCAAAUUGGGUACCAUGGAGGUGAUCCUAUGGCAGUUGGGGGUGGUGCAGGGCCAAGUGUGAAUAACUACAUAUCAGGGUGGCUGCCAUGAUAAUAAUGGUAAAUAAUUUUAUUACAGUGGUCGGUAAUAAGUAACGUUGUCGCGAACUUCUUAAACUGUUAAAAGUGUUUGAUUUGAUGAUGUUGGUUCUUGUCUUGUUGGUCGUUAUAUAAACAACUUUCGACUCUCUAUGUCAUGGAAUUUCAAUAUCGAAACUCUUUCUUUUUAUUUUGUGUGUAUGUAUUUAUGUUUGUGUAAUGCCAUAACAUGCUU